AUGUCGAAAUUCAUUUCUUGCACGGCGACAAGUGUACAACAGGGUCACAAGAGGGUAGGCUUUCCACUCAAGCCUGCCGCCAUGUUCCCCGACCGUCAUGAACGACCGCAAAUCAAAGCAUGGCGCUGCGAUCUAACUGCGUUGUCACGAACCCACAACUUCUACUUUGUUGCUUGCAAUGAUGCUGUCCAUGUCUACCGACCCAGAUUCCCGGACCAAGCAAUAUUGGGCGAGCCGGAAUUGAUACUGCACCCACCAACAACCUCACCCUAUCUGGAGCCAGGAAUCGAUCACGAAGACUCGCACUCCAUCACGAGGCUGCACGUGGACUACCUUGGCCAAGACGAGAUCAUCCUGAUCACCUGUGACGACGGCGAUGUAAUCGGCUACCGCACCGAGGAGAUACAGCGUGUUGCUGACAAACGCUGGGAGGCUUCAGAUGAUGAGGACGAAUUCUUCAUACAGGAACCCGUGAGGACCUUUCUGCAUCGCAAUGUCGGUGCUAGCGCUUGGGGCUUGGCCAUCCACCAGGAAGCCCGCAUGAUUGCAAUAAGUGCGAAUACCCACCAAGUGACCGUCAUUGCAUACGCAUUGGCGCAACUAGGCGAGGGCUCAGACAGCUCAUCGGUCUCAUCGGACUUGGAAGUUGCAGAGUGCUCUGACGAGGACCCAGCCGACUUCCCUUCUCCGCGACGACAGGACCACGUCAUUACUCUCUCUGCGCGCCACAAUGUUCCCUCGGUAUCCUUCAUCAACAGUGGCGACGAUACAGUAGGACGAUGGCUCUCAAGUUGCUCGAUCAAUGGUGAGACCUUGAUCUGGGACCUGCAUCAUCCGGAGAAGUGUGUUCGAAUAAUUCGGCUCGGGUUCUGCGCGAGCGUCAAAGAUCCCACUAAAGCACCCCAACAUAACCCUGGAACCUGCGCCUGUCUCAGACCUAGCAAUUUCCCGCAUGCGGUUUGGAGCAACAUGUUCCUCGACGCGAGUACCGCUUAUGAAGACAAGUCGCUGCGAGACUCGGCACUGCCCCCGCACCAUGAUCACCCACUGCCGUACAUACAGAAUGUAAGUGCGUGUAAGGGCCCAUUCAGCGUAAAAGAUGGCACCGGUUAUCAUCAACUGCCAGUUCCUACUCAGAAUCUCUCAACUGAUGAGGAAGUGAGCGCAAUGGAUGUAUCAGAAGACGAUUCGGAUCUUGAUGACGACAGCGGAUCUCAUUCUUCGUCGUCAUCAGGAUCGUCAAGCGCUGAACAGUCGCAGCGUUUGGACGAUGAGGAUAAUCCUGUUGAGCCAAUUGUCGAGGAAGUAUCUUUGAGUCCGCAGCCCGCAACACUGGCAGAUACAAACGAAGCCUCAACCGGUGAAGGCAUGUCACACGAACCAACAUCAUAUCCGACGUACCCUCAGAUACCGAGCAACGCCAUCAAUGCAUUCGGGAUGUGGUUCCAGCAGUCUAACGGCACCGCGACCAUUGUCUGGGACGACGACGACAGUGGUAGUGAUGAUGAGCUGUUUGUACCAUCGACUGCGCAAGCUCAGAUGGUGUUCGCCAAUGCAAUCCAGCCCGCUCGAGCGUACUGUGAGGUCACGACAAUCUUCACUCUGGCAAGACAGCCGCAUAUCACAUCACCACUUCUGAUAGUUACUAAAGAAGAUGUGCAUCUCUAUCAACGGCCUCUCGACUACGCCGGCGACCAUUUGGAUCCAAUUGUCACCAUCCGACGCCCACUUCAUCCGGACAAGGGUGAGAAUCCAUACCCGUUCAUACCAGGAUCGCAUGAUCGGCACUGCUACACGACACAGAUUCCCGAGCUUGGCGUCUUCAUUGUCGCCUCACCAAACGGACGCGCUGGCAUCUUCAGCCUGACAAAAGCGUCCCAGAGUUCAAAAUCACGACCCCAGUAUAGUUUCCACCUCGAGUAUGUGCUGCCGUUCGCGAACGACGACAAGACCAAGAUCUGGGAUGUUGAGGGCUCAAGACUGAUAGGUGUUGCGGCUGGGCCGGUGCAGGGUAUGCUAGACGAACCCAGCGAAGACAGUGAGGACGAAACAAGCGCUGCUGCGCGCAUCCACAAGCCCGCCAGCCGGCGGUGGAGACUGAUGAUGUACUUCACAGAUCACACGGUUCUGGGGUUUGAGCUCAGCAAGCGAAGAGAAUGUGGAACCCCUGAAGUUGGCGAACUGAUUGUAUAG